CAGCCACACUCAGGGCAGGUCAAAGAACAUCACUCUCUCAGCACUCACUCAGCCACCACCAUGGGGAAUUGCAGCCAGGGAUGCCAAGACUUCAUCUCUCGGCCUAAGAACACCAACAUCCGUCUUAGACUGCCGGUAGUCUGCUUCGUCUGGCAGAUCGCCAUGAUCAUCCUCUUCGGAGUAUUCAUCCGCUACAAUGAGGAGUCGGACGCACACUGGGUAGAAACCAAGGCCCAUGACAACAUCACCAGCGACAUAGAGAAUGACUUCUACUUCAGAUACCCCAGUAAGUACAUUCAUAAUCACUGGUACUGCCUGGUGCAUCCUUUAGGUUGACAAUAUACAGUAAAUGUAUGAUUCAUGGUUUCAUCUUCAUUGCAAUGAUAAAGAAUCAGGUUAUUAAUAAGUGGCAUGCUUGCUGUUUGAUCAGAUAAUAACUUUUGAUCUCUAUGAUGUUUGACAAUUUCCCCUGUGAAAUCCCCUAGACAACAAUCUCAGUCUCAGUUAUUUUGAAAGCAUCUAUUCAUUAAUGGACUAAUGCAGUGACAGUCCAAAUUUGCCUCUCUAACUUGGGUUAAAACUACGUAUCCUCUUUACCAAAUGUUGGUCAGUGGUUAUUUCCAAUUUGUCUGAUUCUAGCUUGGUUUAUACCAGCUUCUGAUGGUGCAUCUUUGCUGAUAGCCAGGCUGAAUGAGUGACAAGUUAAGUUUGAUAAUUGUGAUGUUAUGUGGCAUCUGUUUCAUCUUGUAAUAUGAUGUGUUUUGAUUUGUCAGGGAUUAUAUCCUACCUUUAGCUCUGGCAUGUAAACUGAUAGGGUGUGUCUCCUAAACCUGCUAAUCUGAUGAUGACAUAUCCAAUUGAACAUGUCGUGUUAACAACUUUAAAACUUUGACCAAAUGGUACAGAACAUCAGGGCUGGUUUGAUCAAAAACUAUGCAACUACUGAGAGCCCCUUGAAUUGGAUGCAAUAACAUGUUGCAUUAACUAUUAGGAUUUAUUUCACACUUUGAAUAAUGAUCUCGCCCCCCCCCCUCUCUCUCUCUCUCGCUCUCUCUCUCCAUCUAACCCUCCUCUCUCCAGGCUUCCAGGAUGUCCAUGUGAUGAUCUUUGUGGGUUUCGGGUUCCUCAUGACUUUCCUGAAGAGGUACAGCUUCGGCGGGGUCGGCUUCAACUUCCUCAUUGCCUCCUUCGGCCUGCAGUGGGCUCUACUCAUGCAAGGCUGGUUCCACUCUCUAGACCCCCAGACUGGAAAGAUCUACAUCGGUAUUGAAAGGUAUGCAAGUGCACUGAUGUGCAUCUAUGAGGCUGCAAUUUUUUCAGUAAUUAGAGUGAGAACUGAUGAGGUAUGCACACAUAGGAUCAUACUGAGACAAUGGCAGAAUGGUUAUAAGAGAAAUAGACUGUACCAUAGACUCUAUUAGGGUUACGCAAGCUGUCACCAUGGGUUAAGCAGUGAUGGGUUAAACCAGGGAUGGGCAACUGGCGGCCCACGGGCUUCAUGCGACCCGCGACCUCCCUUUUGUAAGCCUGCGGACAAAUAAAUAAAAUAUAUUAAUCAUAUUAUUAUUUUAUUUUAUUUAUUUUUUGGGGGGGGGGGGACUCAGUCAGGGUCUCAACUUACUAUUGAGAGUUAGAAUAAUAGAAUACACAAGGUGCAAUUUCAAAAUGUGCAUCAGCAGUCACUGAAAGAAAGCCAAGACCUUAAGGAUUACUUACUGAUCUAGUCAUUCAGGUUUUAGUACUGUAUGCAUGACGGACUCUCUCACAUGACUCUCCGUUAAUAGUCAUAACGCAUCUCUGUCUCCACCCCACCCACCUGUGUCCUCUAUCUGCAGUCUGAUCAAUGCUGACUUCUGUGUGGCGGGCUGUCUCAUAGCCUACGGGGCAGUGCUGGGCAAAGUCAGCCCGGUCCAGCUGUUGGUUAUGACCCUGUUUGGUGUCACUCUGUUCGCUGUGGAAGAGUACAUCAUCCUGAACCUACUUCAUGUGAGUCCCAUCAAGCACUCUCUGGACGUACAACUAUUAAAUCAUACACACUGUAUUAACCAUGGUUGGAUUAAUGGAAUUCACCCUAUAACCUUGAUAUAGUAACUUGUUUAUGUAACCUCAAUGGCCUUUGACAUCUGCCUACAGCCACGUAAUCACAAGGUUUGGUACACAUGCUAACAAAUGACUGUUUCUGUCCCCACAGGCUAGAGAUGCAGGUGGCUCUAUGGUUAUUCACACCUUUGGAGGUUAUUAUGGUCUGGCCAUCUCCUGGGUCCUUUACCGACCUAAUUUACACCAGAGCAAGCGUAUGCAGGGCUCUGUGUACCACUCCGAUACUUUCGCCAUGAUCGGUGAGUUGCCUGUCGGAGUCAGUAGUCGUUCAUUGCAUAAACAUAUGAAUGGUUCUGAUUUGCCUUGUGUGUGUUUCACUCUCUAUGGUGAUGGUGACCUAUCUUUAGUUUGUAGAAGUUUCUGUCAUGGCACUGUUCCUGUUCUGACACAGUUCCUGUUCUGAAGUGUGUGUGGUGAUCAGGUGUGUUUGGUGUGUUUUAACUGUGUGGUCCCUUCUCUCUCCUCAGGCACACUGUUCCUGUGGAUGUUCUGGCCCAGUUUCAACUCGGCCAUCACUGACCAUGGAGACGGUCAGCACAGGGCAGUCAUCAACACCUACCUGGGCUUGGCCUCUACUGUCCUCACCACAGUGGCCAUCUCCAGCCUCUCCCAGAAGAAUGGCAAGCUUGAUAUGGUAAGGAACCAUUACUGUGUGUGUGUGUGUGUGUGUGUGUGUUUGCACGUACACAUGUAACAUUCUCUGUAACUUUGUAUUUGUGACACUAACUGACAACCUCUCAGUCUACAUAAUCCUCCUCUGCUCUCAUCUCAUUGACUGACAUGUAUUCGAGUCUCAUGACUGGUGCUCUCUCUUGCAUAACAGGUUCAUAUCCAGAAUUCCACCCUAGCGGGGGGUGUUGCCUUGGGGACAGCGGCUGAGUUUAUGGUCUCUCCCUACGGCGCUCUGAUCGUGGGGUUCUUCUGCGGCAUAAUCUCUACCGUGGGCUACCUCUUCAUUUCUGUGAGUCUCACCCCUGGGCACCAUCCACUCACAGCUUGAAGCUAGAAUGGCUUGUUUUGUAGGCGUAGUAGGUUCUGUCCAAAGAAAGUUAUUACAAAACACAAAACGAUUAUUUACCUCUUAUGAAUGAUGUUGGGGGCACACUCAAAAAAGAAUGUAUAGCACUCUAAAUGGCUGCCUAAUCUUUAUUGGGCAGAUUCCUUUGCCAUAAACGGUAGCACACUAUUUGGGGCUGUGUACGGGUGUGUUGUUAAAACUUGACCUGUCUCCUUCCAGCCCUUCUUGGAGAAGACACUGAAGAUCCAGGACACGUGUGGAAUACACAACCUGCACGCCAUGCCUGGGGUGAUUGGCGGGAUAGUUGGAGCCAUCACUGCUGCGGCUGCCAGCGAGUCAGUCUACGGAAAGCAGGGGUGAGUCAAAAGACCUGAGGGCCUGAGGCUACACUGUCAAACCACACAAACCUGAACAUGUACCCUUGUUACUAGACAAUCAGAACACAGAUUCACCCACACCCUCUCAUCAACCAAUCAUAUCACACAGUUACUGUAUGUCACAGGACAUAUCUUAAACGAUUAAUGUCAUUUUACACCAAACAAUUUAUGUCACAGUCACAGUUUAGACUGUAAUCCAACAGUUAGUUUGGCAUUUAUUUGGAAAUAUACAUAAUCAUUAGAAGACUCAACAUAAAGCUUAAAAUGGGACACAAUCUGACUCUAUAUAUUGUUAUUUUCCGACCAGGUUGAUCAACACGUUUGACUUCACUGGAGACUUUAAGAACAGAACCGUGUUAACUCAGGGUGGAUACCAGGCCGCUGGCAUGUGUGUGUCCAUCGUCUUCGGGAUUGUAGGCGGAGCUAUAGUCGGUGAGUUUGGCCGAGAUAGCAUAGCUCAGAGAUAGAGAGGAGCCAUGGGCAUAUAAAGGGUGACCUAGAGGUGACAUGGGUGCUAUAGGGGGUGACGUACCUGAAGGAGAGAGACUGAAGUUGACACUAUCUCCUCUGUUCACAGGUUCCAUCCUGAAGUUACCCAUCUGGGGCGAUCCUGCGGAUGAGAACUGCUUCGAUGAUGAGAUGUACUGGGAGGUAAGGGAACCAGCCACUCUUCACCGGAUGUUCACAAUAUAACCACUAGGUGGUGCCAUUGUCUUUGAUUUAGUCUCACGUGACGAACUACAGACCACCUUAGAGAUCUACACUACCCUUCAAAAGUUUGGACACACCUACUCAUUCAAGGGUUUUUCUUUAUUUGUACUAUUUUCUACAUUGUAGAAUAAUAGUGAAGACAUCAAAACUAUGAAAUAACACAUAUGGAAUCAUGUAGUAACCAAAAAAGUGUUAAACAAAUCAAAAUAUAUUUGAGAUUCUUCAAAUAGCCACCUUUUGCCUUGAUGGACAGCUUUGCACACUCUUGGCAUUCUCUCAACCAGCUUCAUGAGGUAGUCACCUGGAAUGCAUUUCAAUUAACAGGUGUGCCUUCUUAAAAGUGAAUUUGUGGAAUUUAUUUCCUUGUUAAUGUGUUUGAACCAAUCAGUUGUUUUGUGACAAGGAAGGGGUGGUAUUCAGAAGAUAGCCCUAUUUGGUAAAAGACCAAGUCCAUGUUAUGGCAAGAACAGCUCAAAUAAGCAAAGAGAAAUGACAGUCCAUCAUUACUUUAAGACAUGAAGGUCAGUCAAUACUGAAAAUCUCAAGAACUUUGAAAGUUUCUUCAAGUGCAAUCGCAAAAUCCAUCAAGCGCUAUGAUGAAACUGGCUCUAAUGAAGACCGCCACAGGAAUGGAAGACCCAGAGUUACCUCUGCUGCAGAGGAUACGUUUAUUAGCCUCAGAAAUUGCAGCCCAAAUAAAUGCUUCACAGGGUUCAAGUAACAGACACAUCUCAACAUCAACUGUUCAGAGGGAACUGUGUGAAUCAGGCCUUCAUGGUCGAAUUGCUGCAAAGAAACCACUACUAAAGGACACCAAUAAUAAGAAGAGACCUGCUUGGGCCAAGAAACAUGAGCAAUGGACAUUAGACCGGUGUAAAUUUGUCCUUUGGUCUGGAGUCCAAAUUGGAGAUUUUUGGUUCAAACCGCUGUGUCUUUGUGAGACGCGGUGUGGGUGGACGGAUGAUCUCCGCAUGUGUAUUUCCCACUGUAAAGCAUGGAGGAGGAGGUGUUAUGGUGUGGGGGUGUUUUGCUGGUGACACUGUCUGUGGUUUAUUUAGAAUUCAAGACAUACUUAACCAGCAUGGCUACCACAGCAUUCUGCAGCGAUUCGCCAUCCCAUCUGGUUUGGGCUUAGUGGGACCCAACACACCUCCAGGCUGUGUAAGGGAUAUUUUACUAAGACGGAGAGUGAUGGAGUGCUUCAUCAGAUGACCUGGCCUAAACAAUCCCCCGACCUCAACCCAAUUGAGAUGGUUUGGGAUGAGUAGGAUGGCAGCGUGAAGGAAAAGCAGCCAACAAGUGCUCAGCGUAUGUGGGAACUCCUUCAAGACUGUUGGAAAAGCAUUCCAGGUGAAGCUGGUUGAGAGAAUGCCAAGAGUGUGCAAAGCUGUCAUCAAGGCAAAGAAAGGGUGGCUAUUUGAAGAAUCUCAAAUAUAAAAUAUAUUUGAUUUGUUUAACACUUUUUUGGUUACUACAUGAUUCCAUAUGUGUUAUUUCAUAGUUUUGAUGUCUUCACUAUUAUUCUACAAUGUAGAAAAUAGUACAAAUAAAGAAAAACCCUUGAAUGAGUAGGUGUGUCCAAACUUUUGACUGGUACUGUACAUCUGAAUUGUUAUGAUUUAAAAGGAGAAAAAAAUGAAAAAACUAUCAACUAUAGUAGUCAAUAAAACUAUUGCAUUAAAUUUAAGUAUGACAAUAAAACUGAAAUCACCUAUGAUUUCUUCACAGCUCCCUGAUGAAGAUGAAGAGCAUCAGGAGAGCAUCCCUCCCAUUCUGGAGUACAACAACCACAUUAUCCACAAGCAGCAAGACCUGUAAGUCCAUUCAGCAUGCUCUGUUUGAUCAUAUCACAAAAAUAGUGUGAUAUGUUGAAGUUAUAAUCAAGGAUUAGUUUUAAAUACAGUACUUGUUUAUAGAUAAUCCUUUCUCAAACCAUUAUGGUCUCUGUUGAUUGUAAUGACUAAUCAUUCCACAAGAUGGAGUACUGUAGGAAAAAAUGUGUGUUUCACAUUCUAAGUCUGUGAUUUUCUUUGUCUCUUCACAGAUCUGAGUCCAACUUCUCUGUAGAAAACUGUGAAAGCUAAAUACAGAAAUGUUAGGACACCACUACCCAAACACGUGCUGCUGGACCACGGAACAACCACGGACCAACCACGGAAAUCCAACAGACAACUGCACUCCCCCUAAAUGAAGACACCUAAACAAGGCACCUUUAAGACACGCUUUAUUGAAUCUUAUGUUAAGGUCAUUAGAUACAUUUGAAGCCAUUUGAUACUGUAUGUGCCUCCGUCCCCCGCCACCCACACCAUUAGAUCACAUAGACACUUCCUGGAUGGUUAUGUACUGUCAUGAAGCACUGUGUGCUGAAUUCUGGCAAAAUGCUGAUCUAUUGAAAGGACCUCAAAGAUCUGCACUUAAUCCACAUUAUGGAUGUCCAACUAUAACCUACUACACAAAAUGGCCAAUAAAGCUUUUCCUGAGCAUUGGUAUACUCUGUAAUAUAUGUAUUUACACAAAACAAUCACACGUUGUGAAAUCUUUGAUCACAACCACUCUGAAUUGAAUGAGGAUGAGGAAAUGAUUUUUUAUGAAAUUACUUUGACCAAUCCUCAUUUUGUAGCCUUGUAUGUUUUCUUUUGUCUGAGAAAAAUGUGUUUUAAUACAGCUGGUGCAUAUGUAAGGAGGAAAGUAAUUUUACUUUUAGUUAAUCGUGAAUAUCUUGUUUAUAGUGCUUUGUAAAAACCCAAAAGGGUUUUGCUCUAUUUUCCCAAUGCAGGAGUACCAUUUGAGCCCCCAAUGUGAUCAUUUUCUUUGUUUGGGAUAAAGAUUUACAGUAUUUAACCAAGGAGUCAGUGAUGAGUAAUAGAAGUACAUUUAAACUUUACUUGAAAGUUUUUGGUAACCUAAUGUAUUUAAACAGCUUUUAAAGCUAUGUAUAUGCAAA